AUGACUGGAGAGUCACAGUGAGCCACGCAUCCGGAUCUCUCGCAGGAUUUCUUCACCUCCCCCAGCAGGUGCAAGGGGGUCGCCACGAUGCCGCGCGGUUGCGCCAGGAAGCUACUGGCCUCGCUACUGGGGGCUACAUUCACCUGGCUGCUGGUGCUGAUGGUGGACCAGCGGCAGGAGCCGGUGCAGCGGGGGCUGGAGCUGCGGAGCCGUUCCCUCCAGAGCUGGCAGAGCCCCGGGGACAGUGGACAGUGGGAGGAGGAGGAAGAGGCGGCGACCGAGCGGCCCCAGCCGCCGAGCGGCGCCCCUCCACCGGCCCGGAGCUUCAAGGACUACUUCAGUGAUCUGAGCCGGGCCAGGGCACAGGGAGCCGGCGGCGGGCUGCAACUGAAGCCGAGGCUGCAGCCCUCAGAGGCGGCCGUCACUCCCAGACCUUUCCGGGACGACAUCACCAUCGGCGACCUGUUCAUCGCGGUGAAGACCACCAAGAAAUUCCACCGCUCCCGGCUGGAGCUGCUGCUGGACACCUGGAUAUCCCGCAAUCGGGAUCAGACUUAUAUCUUCACUGAUGGAGACGAUGAAGAGCUAAAGAAAAAGUCAGCAGGCCACAUGGUCAACACUAACUGCUCAGCAGCUCACAGUCGACAAGCUCUUUCCUGCAAGAUGGCAGUGGAAUAUGACAAGUUUAUUGAAUCAGGGAAAAAAUGGUUUUGUCAUGUGGAUGACGAUAAUUACGUGAACACCCGGACCCUGGUGAAGCUACUGGCACAGUACCCACACACUCAGGACAUCUACAUUGGGAAGCCAAGCCUAGAUCGUCCAAUUGAGGCCACUGAAAGGAUCAGUGAUAAUAAAGUGCGGCCAGUACAUUUCUGGUUUGCGACUGGAGGAGCUGGAUUCUGCAUCAGCCGAGGCCUAGCACUGAAGAUGAGUCCAUGGGCGAGCGGAGGUCACUUUAUGAGCACUGCAGAGAAAAUCCGUCUCCCUGAUGACUGCACCAUUGGUUACAUUGUUGAGGCAGUUCUGGGAGUGAAGCUGAUCCGGAGUAAUCUGUUCCACUCACACUUGGAGAACCUGCAGCAAGUAAUGAGAUCUGACAUUCCCAACCAGGUUACACUGAGCUAUGGCACAUUUGAAAAUAAAAGGAAUGCCAUUAAUCUGAAGGGGGGCUUUUCUAUUGAGGAGGAUCCAUCUAGGUUUCGAUCAAUUCAUUGUCUCCUGCAUCCUGAUACGCCAUGGUGUUCCCGCAGUGUUAUUUACUAAUCACUAACCUCGUCCCAUAUAUCCCCAGUAUCUGAUGGGGUUGUGGAGACCACUGUCCGUCUGGCUCUUGUGUAGCUGCAUUAAUGCUCGUUGCUAGGUGGUAAGGCUGCUGUGCGGCCUGGAUGUAUCGAUUAGUCUUUAGUAUCUCCUCCUGUUCUUUGUCUUUUAUGGGACAGAGCCAUGUUUUGAUUCUGAUUCAGAACAGGAAGUGGUAGAAGGCAAGCAGGCAUCACAAAGAAUGAGUGCUUGUGUGUGCCAUGUAAUUAUGUUUCCCCAAGUGUGAAAUUGAAACUGUUGCUGAUAUAUCGGCGAAUCUUUUAGAAUGUAAGCUUCUCCUCUUCAAGCCAGUUUUAAACACUUGCUGUUUUUUCUUUGUGAAUUUCACACCAUGCAUCAAGAAAGUAUUGCUACUGAGCAAGCUUUAUAUUGCAUAGCAUCUGUGUUUAAACCAUAAAUACAGAUGCUAUGCAAUAUAAUGAUGUUUCAAAGGUCCAAUUUCAACUAAUGCCAUAACAGACAGGAUGCGUUACAACUGAUUCAACAUUCUUAAAACUUCUGAAGUUUGGAAAAUUAUUCAUGCCUCAACACUAUCAUGAUGCCAGAUAGGAUUAAAAAUAAUUGAGAUUUCCUGUAAGGAUUUCUAUUCUUUAACAUCUGUGUUCAUUAUACAUUUGAGAAUAUCAUGGAUAAAGCUUGUGUUCAAGGCUGGCUGCUGGAGGCUCUUGGGCAUGGCUUCUGAUUCUUCCUGAGGCCUGUCUGUAUCUGAAAGCACUUUUCCUCCCUACUGAAAAAAUCCUAUCAUUAUUAAUGGCACAAAGGAGCUGGCUACUCUUGAGACACUUCUGGGAUUAAUUUGGAAAAUGUGCUGCACUAAUACUUAAUGGAUGACUAGCUGAUGAAAAAGUUUGUUUAAUUCUAUUGAUAGUGAUGGUUAAUAUUUCAAGCUGACAUUUGAAAGUAGCUUUAAAACAGUGUUACUAACUGGAAUACAGUGUUACAAACUGGAAUACACACCCAUACUUUCAGACUUAAAAAAUAAGGGCACAUUUUACAUACUAUAUAUUUACUUCCUGAGUUCUUUUUCUUGAAAUGACAGUUCAAAAGUUUAAGAAAAUAUAUUACUCCAAUGUAGUGAAUUUUAGCAUUAACAAAACAAAAACACCUCUUUAUUUUCCUCCCUUUCUCUCCUUUAUUGUCCCCUUCUUCCUCCUGAAGUCAAAGAUUCUGCAGAAGACCAUUUGUGAGAGCUGGACAGAUUGUGCCUGGUCACCGAACUGCAUUCUAUAUACCACUGUCUAAAUUGACAGACUAUUUGGCCUGGGUAAGGCAUCACAGAUGAUCUCACUUCUAUUUUUGUACAUGCACUGGCUGGAGAUCAGAAGCUAGAACACUGGAUAUGUUUUCCCAUCCAAAUCUGAGGGCCUUGAGAUUAUUUGUAGCAAUAUCUCCUCCAGGAUGAGAGAAAUUCACAAUGAUCGACCAAUUAGUUCACAUAGAUCAAUCCUGAGUAUUUUCCACGAUGGGCAGUCUAUUCUCCAGAGAAGUGUUUAAUAUUUUCCUAAUAUCUUCACCUGCCCCCUAAUGGUGCAUAUUUGCAAGAAUCCAUCUUUCUUUCUUCCCAAUUCAAGAUUAAGGAAGGAACAAAGUCCCAAACAAUAUCCCAUCAAGUUUGUAGCACUUAGAGCAGGAGGUGUCAGUCAUGUUAUGCUCUGUGGCAGUGACCCAUACUGGGUUAUUUCUAAUGUGUAUAUUUAUAUGGACAGUAUUUACUGUUCUUGUAUUACUGUAUAUUUGAAAUGGUUUCCUAAUAUUCAGAGAUGGUUCUGAUCUGUAAAAACGUGAUGUUUGAAUUUUUAGAUUUCAUUGCUUCUCUUAUUUAUAUUCCAGCAUCUGGAAACAAAAUUGUAAAGCACUGUAAAUAUAAUCACUGAUACUCAGGGAUGGAACCUGAAUGGUUACAGUGAAAGCUGAUGGUGACCCAUCCUUUCCUUUCUAAUAAAGGAUUUUAUUGCUCAAGAUGAAA